CACCAUUUGCCCCUUCGCCCCCGCGCGCGACGAGGGCGCGCCAUCACCCUCUAUUUUUUAACGCCCUCCUGGCCAACCCCUCCAUUUCUCUCCACCACCGCCCCCUCCUCCCCUCAAGGCUCUCCUCUAGGAGGUCCGAUAGGGCGAUCCAGUCAUGGCAGAAGUCCUGUCAGGACCUCUUGAGCACCGUUUAAGCUCUGCCUUAGAUGGACACUAUGAAGAGAAGAGGAAAUCCAACGUGGAAUACUCGGAGGAUGAAAAGAAAGCCAAGAUCGCAUCGCUGAAGAAGCAGGCGAUGAGCGCCUCACAGAAGUUGAGGCAUUCCAUGAAGAGGGGGAGGAAGAGCAGCAAGGUCAUGUCCAUCUCAAUUUUGGAUGAGCGCGACCCUGAGGAGAUGCAGGCUGUGGAUGCCUUCCGCCAGCUUCUCGUGCUUGAAGAACUGCUACCAUCGCAGCAUGAUGACUACCACAUGAUGCUGAGGUUUUUGAAGGCAAGAAAGUUUGACAUUGAGAAGGCAAAGCAAAUGUGGUCUGAUAUGCUGCAGUGGAGGAAGGAGUUCGAUGCAGAUACCAUUCUUGAGGAAUUCGAGUUCGAAGAAGCGAAUAAGGUGGCAGAAUGCUACCCUCAAGGUUACCAUGGAGUUGACAAGGAAGGCAGGCCUGUCUACAUUGAACGGCUUGGACAGAUCGAUGUUAAUAGGUUAAUGCAGGUCACCACAAUGGAUCGCUUUGUCAAGAACCAUGUCAAGGAGUUCGAGAAGAACUUUGCUGUUAAGUUCCCAGCUUGCUCAAUCGCUGCAAAGCGCCAUAUUGAUCAGAGUACAACAAUUCUUGAUGUGCAAGGAGUGGGGAUGAAGCAAUUCAGCAAAGCUGCGAGGGACCUCAUCGGUCAGCUUCAGAAGAUUGACGGUGAUAACUAUCCGGAGACGCUAUGCCGGAUGUUCAUCAUUAAUGCAGGCCAGGGAUUCCGGCUUCUGUGGAGCACAGUGAAGAGCUUCCUUGACCCGAAGACCACUGCAAAGAUUCAUGUUCUGGGUAACAAGUAUCAGAGCAAGCUUCUUGAGGUGAUUGAUGCCAGUGAGCUGCCAGAAUUUUUCGGUGGAACUUGCCAGUGCGAAGGUGGUUGCAUGAGGGCUGACAAAGGCCCUUGGAAGGAUCCUGAAAUCAUGAAGAUGGUUCAAAGUGGUGCUGGGAGGUGUGGAAAGCUCAGUUCGGCCCCUUUUGAGGCUGAGGAGAAAAUGAUUUGCGAAGAUGACAUCAUAUAUCCUAAGAAACAAGCUUCAUGCAAUGGGGAAGCACAUAUAGCUGGAAAUGGUCAGCGCACCCUGUCACGAAAAAUUUCCCGCAGCCGAAUUGAACAUCCUCAGCUAUCACCUGUUCGUGAGGAACUUAUCCCCACUUCAUAUCCUACCCCCCGGUCACCCUAUUCUUGUGAUGUUCCAAUGUUAGAGAAGGCCAUAGAUGCUAUCUGCAAGAACCAGGGAACACCAGAUGAGAAGCUCGCCAUCACCAAUGCUGUUGUAAAUGCCUCUAAUCGAUCCAAUCCCCCACUCUUUGGUGGCAUUAUGGCACUUGUCAUGAGCAUUGCAACGAUGCUCCGUGUCAGCCGUAACAUGCCCACGAAGGUACUUGACGCUGCCAUAGGUGGUGCUAGACCUGCUACCCUUGGCAUGAAGAGUAAAUCGAAGAUCCAAGCAUUGAAGAGAUCUAAGAUAUCACAGGAGGCUGUGGCGGUGGCCGAAAAUGCUGUCUCCGCAAAGCGCCUCACUGAUCUUGAGGAGAAGGUCAUUGCACUCCUAACAAAGCCUGCGGAAAUGCCGGCUGAUAAAGAGGACAUGCUGAAGGCUGCUGUAAGCCGUGUCAAUGCAUUGGAAGAGGAACUUGCAUCUACAAAGAAGGCCUUGCAAGAGACUCUUCAGCAGCAAGGGGAGAUCCUUGCAUACAUUGAGAAGAAAAAGAAGAAGAAAAGCAAGCGUUUGUUUCGUUGGUAGAAACAAACAACACUGAACUGUUUGCGUCCAUGAGAAGAGCUUUUGAGUGUGAUGGAUGGAGAGUGAGCUGGUGUUUGCAUCUACCAGUAGACUGCGAUUCUAAGUGUAGCAUACAAUGGUCUUUUAUUCUUUUCCCCCGUGUUGCCGCAAUUGAUUGGUCCGAGCUGCACAUUAUACCUUACCCAUGUGGAUGUGCUGCCAAAUUGUCAAUCCCGCCAUUUCUAUUAUCAAUUAUUAUGGAUGGACUGCUGAAUCGAUGAGAAUAUAAAUAUAUUUGUUCCAAACUCGUGAAAAUAUGAAUGGCUG